GAAGGGAAGAAAUGUAAGGUAGCAAGGAGCAACGCAAAAGUCUCCGGGAGGUCAUCAUCGAUCUCCCGUUGCGUCUGCGUCUGAGAUGACAGACCUCUCUGUACUUGGCACGGCUGUAGGGAGACAAGGUCUGGUACACACACACACACAGGUAUAUAUUUAGAAAUAUCUCCCUUUUUAUUUUAUUUUUUCUCUUCCCUGGACACAGAUGAAUAGGAAGAAAGAGCGGGGUAGUACGGCUGUCAAAAGUAUUCCGUCAUCGAUUGUGUCCAAUCGUCCGGCCCCACCGAAAUUGCGGAGAAAUGAAUAAAUCAUCAUCAAUGGGAUGAGAGUCUUCCCCCCCCCCUCUCUCUCUCCCAAUUUUCUUGCGAGUCACAUGAGCCCAGGAAAGUCUAUUUAGCCGCUAUAGGCGGUGCGCAUCCAAAUGAUCAAAGGUCCUCCAUCUUUUGGUCCAAAAUGGAGCGGGCAGAGACUAUUAUCGACAUCAGGAGACAUACAACAAUAACAAUAACAAGAGCAUCGCAGAAAUGGUGGAGGAACCUUGUAGCUAACAUGGACACAGAGAGAGAGAGAGAGAGAGAGAAAAAAGAGGUGGAGCUCACAAGAUCUGUGCUCCUGAAAGUUGGUCCCGCGUAUUGGGUUUUCGGAGUCGACGCACAGCUGACUGAGAGAGAGAGCCACAGAGAGAGAGAGAGAACGUGAGUGAGAGAGAGAGAGAAAGGCGAGUAGCUAGCUAGCGGUAGCUAUAGCUAGCUGCUCUCCCGAGUUCAGCUGUGCUCCUAGCUCCUAACCGUUGCGGGGACACAAGCAGGAAAAGGAAAGAAAGAAAGAAAGAAAAAAGAAUACUUGUUGCCAGUUAGCUGCUUGCCGCCUUAUACCCCUGGCUGGUUUUGGUGAGGAUUUCGGCUCCUAGUGGAAGAAAGAAAAGCUCCUAGCUCCUUGCCGAGUCGCCUCCCCUCCAGUAGGGGUUGGCACUGCAGUGGCUCCUGGCAGGAGGUGUAUCAAAUACAGCCACAGGUGGCACGAACGCGGGCACUUGUAGCGCACCCGCCAGUGCCGCUCCUCAUCGCCGCUCCUGCCCAUCUCCCUCCUUGCCCAGCUGAACAACAGUGUCCUAGUUUUUAUCGCACUUGUUCUUUGCUCCUUAUUUUUAUUUUUUCGUUCCAAACAAAAACAGUGGUUGAUCUUUUUCUGAUUUUUGGAUUAAAAUCUCUGCGAUUGUGGUGUGGUCGCCAGCCGCCAGCGUCAUGUUCAGCCCGAAGAUGCAACGUCCCGUUCGGGUCAACGAGGUGCAGUUACACACGUUGGGAGAACGGGCCCGCUACGACGCCACCAUCGCCGGCGCCCUCUACAAGCGGACAUCGGACGGCUCAAAGUGGCAGCUGAGGUGGUUCACUCUCUAUCAGAAUGUCCUGUUCUACUGGGAGGCGGAAUCUUCGAGUCGGCCAUCCGGUGUCAUCUUCUUGGAGGGGAGCUAUUGCGACCGGGUCAUUUCGGUUUCGGCGGCUGGACACCAACAGGUCAAUCAGCACCAGUCCAAUCAGGGAUCGGGUGGUAAGACUGGAGGAGGCGGCAAAUACCAUCACGGAAGUAGCGGAGUCGGCGGUGGAGGAGGUGGUGGCGGAAGUGUCGGCGGAAGUGGCAGCAGCAUCGAGAAACAGUAUUGCUUCGCCAUCACCUUCCGCAGGGAUAACCAACGGUCCUACGAGCUACGAGCGGAAUCGGAAAGCGAUUGCAAAGCCUGGAUCCAGGCCGUCAAACAAGCCAGUUUCAACAAGCUCCUGGCGCAGAAGGAAGAGCUGGAACAGAAGCAUUUGCACCUGCUGCAGAUUGUGGAGAGCGAGAAGACGGCCAAGUGGCAGUACACGCGCCAGUGCGAGGAAUUGACGGAUGAAAUCAAACAACUCAGAACGGAGCAGUUGUGCACGCUCAAAAAGGAGUGGCGUUUAACACCCAGCGCCGCCGGAGGCAGCGGAGGCAUUGGCGGAGCCACGGGUGGCAUCGGAUCCUCUGGCGGCGUCGGAAUGGGACUCGGAAGCCACCGACAGGGAGCCGACGGAGGAUCGCAGAGCGGAAUCGGAUCCGCUGGAAAUGUCGAACUGGACGAUCUCAAGAAAAUCCGCAAAGUUCAAGGCUUCUUCCGCGGCUGGCUGUGCCGCCACCGAUGGAAAGUCAUCGUCGAGGAAUACAUUAAAUCGCCCCACGCCGAGAGCAUGCGCAAGAGGAACAGUUUGGUGUUCCGAAUGCUGGAAGACGAGGAGGAGAACGUCCAGCAAUUAGAGAUCCUUGUGGCCCGUUUCUAUCGACCCUUCAAAAUGGCAGCCAGCUCCAAAAAGCCGCCGUGUUCUCACGAGGAUAUCAGCUCCAUCUUCCUCAACUCUGAAACGAUCCUCUUUCUCCACCAGAUUUUCUACAAAGGUCUACAAGCUCGCAUGAAUAACUGGCCCACUCUGGUUCUCGGUGAUUUGUUCGACGUCCUCCUGCCGAUGCUCAACAUCUACCAGGAAUACGUCCGCAACCACCACUUCUCGCUGCAGAUCCUGACCGAGUGCAAACAGAAUCCGCAGUUCUCCAGCGUCCUUUCACGGCUCGAGGAGCACUCUGCCUGCAAAGGUCGAUCUCUCGAAACCUUCCUCACUUAUCCCAUGCAUCAGAUCCCGCGUUACAUUAUCACGCUGCACGAAAUCCUGGCCCACACGCCGCACGAGCACGUCGAGCGCCGCAGUCUGGAGAACGCCCGCGUCCAGCUCGAGCACCUCUCUCGCCAAAUGCACGACGAAGUCAGCGAGACGGAGAACAUUCGCAAAUGUUUGGCCAUCGAGCGGAUGAUUGUCGAGGGCUGUGACAUCUUGAUGGACGUCACUCAAGUCUUUGUCCGUCAGGGGAGUUUGCUGCACAUCGUCAAAGAGAAGGCCCGCUCUCAAAAGGGCCGCCUCAGUCUGUCCAGCCGGAGGGGAAGCGUCGGCACGGGAGUGGGCGGCGAACGCGGAGAAGUCCGCCAGUGCUUCCUCUUUUCCAACACGCUCAUUAUCGCCACGAGGACGUCGGACGGAAAGCUACACCUUUUGCCGGAAAUCGGAAAGAUUCCUUUUGUGGACGCCACUUUGAUUGAGGACCCGACCGAAACGAGUAGCUGCGACGACGAUGACGAGAGUCUUUGCUCGACGUCGAGUCAGACGUCGAGCGAGAUGAGUGACAGCAGCGCCACGGCGGAUAGGUCUUCACGUCAACAGCAUUCCGGCACAAACUAUCACGGACUUGAUUUCCAGUUGAUUGUCGAAAACAAGUCGGGCAACGGACCCGGCAAAGUCGUUCACCUGGUGGCACCGUCAAUGCAGGACAAAGCGGCCUGGAUCUCCGACAUUAGUCAGUGUAUCGACAACGUCCAUUUCAACGACUUUGUGCACAGUUCCAUCUCGGACGCCUCGUCCGUGACUCAUCCGCACUCGGUGCGCAACGACCCGCGUCUCUUCAACGACGACAUCGACAUUCGAUUCAGCCGCACCCUCAACUCGUGCAAAGUGCCGCAAAUUCGCUACGCCACACCGGAAAGGCUGCUGGAACGUCUUACGGACUUGCGCUUCCUCUCCAUCGAUUUCCUCAACACUUUCCUGCUGACUUAUCGCGUUUUCACCGACGGCGUCACCGUCCUCGACGCUCUCAAGAAAGUCUUUUACGCUUCGUCGACGGUCGAGCCUGCGCAGCACGACAACGCCCGUUGCUCCAUUAGUUCAAUUGAAUUCGGAGGCGUGCCUUGCCAACUGGAUCAGAGCGUCCUCUAUCCGACGUACAAGAGUGUUCUCGGAUCGCCCGCCAGGCGUAUUAGCGGCGGAAGCGCCGUCUCAGGAAGUCCGAAAGCCAGUCCGCGCAACAGCCCGUUCACCAGCCCGCGCGGAAGCAAUCAAUGGAGUAGCCGUCCUUCCGUUGGCGACGUCUCCGUCAGCCGUCGUGGAAGCCGUUUCGACGGAGUCGAAAUCCGUGAAACGCCUAAUGAGGAAGAGGCCGAAACGGAGAAAUCCGCUGCAAAUACCGGCCCAAGCCAAGGAAUUCAAGGCAUCAAGGAGCGCAUCAAACAACAACACUUGACGAUCCCCAAUAAAGGCAUGGAAUUGUCAUCCAGCGCUGAAACUCUUUCCGAAAAUAAUUGCAGUAGCUCCACAUCGACGCUGGUUGCCCUCAGCAGUAGUACGCAAACACUGACAUCCUUCAGUGUCAGCGGUUCCAACGAGGGAAAUCAAACAACAAUAGCAUCUACCCAUGUUGUCUCGGUUUCGGAUCACCAAGGAUCGAAAACCAGUCACGAAUAUCAACUGGAAAUCCCGACUACUGUCACACCCCAUCCUGUGCCAUCGUUCACAACCUCCACCCAUCAGGCCACCAUCUCCAGAAGAGAAUCCAUGAUAACGGGACCAUCGCUGGAUAUGGAAGUGAUGGACGAUCUGCUGAUGUCAGAGCCUAGACCGGGCACCCAAUCGUCUGGUUAUAGCGGCGUCGGUAGUGGCCGUAGUGGCAGCUCUGCCGGCCAGCAUCCGCCUCAUCCGUCGCAACAGCAACGUGUCAGCAUCGGUAGCAGUUACUACGGGGCUGGCAGUCGCUAUGGUGACGGAACUACGUCCACUGUAACUUCAUCCGCCCGUCAGUCCACCUCCUACUCGACUCAGUUUGACUCCAUCAGAGUCGGCGCUGGAGUCGUCGUCACCUCUCAUCGCCAAUCACAGCGCAGGAGUAGUACCUCGUCAGCUGCAGCGGCAUUCGCCGUCGCCACGGCAGGAUCAAGUAAUCCGCGCGAUUAUUCCCUGCCAACUGGCCCAUCACGGACGGGCCCCGGAAGCAUUUUAGGGGGUGGUUCAGUGGGCGCCGGAGGAACAAGGUCUCAGACUUAUUGCAGCAUCAACUUGCCGUCUAGCGAUCCUCGUGGUAGUUUCGGCGGGGCCGUCCAGCAGCAACCGUCCAGUAGCGAAAGUGGAACCGGUGGGGGCAGCGGCCCAGGAACCGGAGGUCAAGUUUUUCGUGACCGGAAGGAAAGCAUCAUGUCUUCAGCGGCUACUAUGCGCGUAUUAAGCGUCUUGCGCCACUGGAUCUCCAAGCAUCGAGACGAUUUCGAGUCAUCCACAUCCGGCGAUCUACGACUCAAGAACCUGACGAUUGAAUUCUUGGAGGAUGUCCUCUCUUCGCCCCAAUUGCUGCCGGCCGAGCACAAGGCCGCCUCCCAACUUUUGCAGUUGCUCACUAGAGACGAUCCAUCGCACACAAAGAUCGAUCUCGGCAUCUUGUUAGCUCAACCUGUGAUUCAAAGUCGUGAAAACAUAGAAACGCUCUCAGCUCUAGAGAUUGCCGAACAAAUGACCGUUCUGGAUCAUGCCAUUUUAGCGUCCAUCAAGAGCGAAGAGUUGUUGGGUCAGGCGUGGAUGAAGCCGGACAAGCUUUUCAGAGCCCCUCAUAUCAUUCUAAUUACUAAACGUUUCAACGAGGUUUCGCGAUUGGUAGCGUCGGAAGUUAUCCGCCGGCCGAAUUUAGCCGCCCGUAUCGCUGUGAUUGAAAAAUGGACAGCUGUAGCCGACAUUUGCCGUUGUCUUCACAACUUCAACGGAGUACUUCAAAUUUGUUCCGCGUUCACCAACAGCGGCGUAUUUCGGCUCAAGAAAACCUGGGAGAAACUUUCCAAAACGACGAGACAGACGAUUGACAAACUUCAAAGUAUCGUCUCGACGGACGGGAGAUUUCGAAACCUUCGCGAUGCUUUGCAUCGUUGCGAUCCACCGUGUAUCCCUUAUCUUGGCAUGUACCUGACCGACUUGUCGUUCAUCGAGGAAGGUACUCCCGAUUUCACAGAGGACGGCUUGCUCAACUUCUCCAAAAUGAGAAUGGUGGCUCAUGUCAUCCGUGAAAUAAGGCACUUCCAAUCGACUAGCUACAAGAUCGAGCACUCUUCCAAAGUCAACAGCUAUUUGUUGGAUGUCAACAAUCUAGUUGACGAUGAAGAUCUGUAUCAAAUGUCGCUAGAAAUCGAGCCUCGAACGUCCCGAUUGGGAUCUAUAAGCCAUCAGGUCGGUUCUUGUCUCUUGUCGACCUUAUCACCAGCGGCCGUAGUGAGCACCACAGGCGGCGGCGGCGGCAGCGGAAGCCCAACCCAGUGAUUUCUCUUCAUUACAUCAAACCAAGUGUUAUUAAAAACAAAAAAAAAAAAAAAACUUAUUAUGUUCUACAAUUCAAAUUUUAUCUUCCGGUUUUUGCUGUCGGAUAUUCUAUAUCAAUGUUAUUAUUCCUCCUUUGUCUCCUCAUUCCAUCACUUUUUCUCGCUCCUUUUUUUCAUUUUAUUGAUUCUAUAAUUCAAUAAUUCACUCUUACGAUAACCUAUUUUCUAAACAUAUGUUUUCCAAUAAUUCCACUCUACAAAUCGUAUACUGCAAUGAUAUCUAUUUUGAAAAACAAAAACGUCGACAAUUUUGAUGUUUCAUCUAGUUGCCAUUUCAUCAUCUGUUCAUAAGUGUCUUCCCGCCGUUCGAUUCCAGUCAUAAUUUCCGAAAUAUCAAAGUUUAUUGGCAUUUAUUUGUUUCAAUACAUCUAUUUCUUUUCCGUGUUA